CAGACGGACAGACAGACGGACAGACGGACAGACAGACGGACGGACAGACAGACGGACAGACAGACGGACAGACAGACGGACAGACAGACGGACAGACAGACGGACAGACACUGAAGAAGAGCUCGGCCAGUCUGAAUGUGAACUGAAACAGCCGAGAUGAGGAGAAAUCGGAGGAAAGGAGUGAACAAAGACAAGGUGUUUGGAUGUGACCUGCUGGAGCACCUGACCACCUCCUCUCAAGAGAUUCCUCAGGUCUUGCAAUGCUGCAGUGAGUUUGUUGAGAAGCAUGGCGUCGUGGACGGUAUCUACAGGCUGUCUGGAGUGUCGUCCAACAUACAGAAACUCAGGGGCGAGUUUGAGAGCGACGGGAUUCCAGAUCUGAACAAGGAUCUGUACCUGCAGGACAUCCACUGUGUCAGCUCUCUGACUAAAGCUUAUUUCAGAGAGCUGCCCAACCCUCUGCUCACAUACCAGCUGUAUGACAAGUUCGCUGAGGCUGUGGCCCUCCAGCUGGAGGAGGAGAGGCUGGUGAAGAUCAGAAAUGUUCUGAAAGAACUACCAGAACCUCAUCACAGGACUCUGCAGUUUCUGAUGCGCCAUCUGGUCAAAAUGGCCUCAUUUUGCUCAGAGACCAACAUGCACUCCAGGAACUUGGCCAUCGUCUGGGCCCCUAAUCUGCUCAGGUCAAAAGACAUCGAGGCGUCUGGGUUUAACGGUACAGCGGCCUUCAUGGAGGUCAGGGUUCAGUCCAUCGUCGUGGAGUUCAUCCUCACACACGUGCCUCAGCUGUUUCCUGAAGAAGAUGUAUCCAGUGAGAGAAGGAAGUCCCUCCCCUCGCCGUCAGCAUUGCCCAAUCAGGACGAAGGGUUUUUCAAAGGGCCUGUCCCUCACUUUGGUACUAUCAGUCCAGGAGAUGGUCCUCUACCCAUGAGACCCUACCACGCUAUCAUCGAAGGCACCGACAAGAGGAAAGGCUCUCUUAAAGGCAGGAAGUGGAUGUCCAUCUUCAACAUCGGAGGACGAUUUCAAGACCCACGACGGAGGCACAAACUCUCAACGAAAGAGAAAGAAAGGCCUGCUUUGAGACCAGCCAGAAGCAUGGACUCGCUCAGCAACCCGCCCUAUCCAAUCGAAGCUUCCAGACGUCCCUGCCAGCGCCCUCCCUCCACCCACAUGUCUCCCCUCGUCACCCCCUCCCUGCAGCCUGCCUCUGAGGUCCCUGCCUCCCCCGGAGCGAUAGGUGGGAGUGAAUACGCCGUGACCUACCGCAGAGGAACAGGGCUGGUGAGCGGGGGCGCGGGGACGCAGGGCACCUACACCUCCCUGGACCCUGAAGGUUUAUCUGGAAACGAGACCCUACUGUCCAGAUCCCCGGGACUCUCCACUAAAGUGGGCCGGAGAGCCGCCAUGCACAUCACGGGGCCUACCAUGGUGACCGUGCCCCUGCAUAUCACCUCGAACCUGGCUUUAGGGGUGCUGCAACGGGGCGGAGACAGUGUCAUCCACAGAGGAAGGGAUAAGGAAGGAGGGGACAGGGUGGAAGGUAAGGAGGGAGGAGAGAAGGUGGAGAGGAGGGAAAGCAAGGCAAUGGAGAGGAAGGUGGCAGAAAGACAAAAAGUUGAGGAGGAGGAGGAGAAAAGUCAUAGAGGGAAAGUGACAGUGAGAGAUGUGGAGGAAGUAAUGGAAGCAGAAGGGGAUAUGGUGAUAGGAAGUGGAAGGGAUGAAGAUAAGAAAGAAGAGGAGAAGGAGGAAGAGGAGCUGGUGGUGGAAGACCAAGCUGUGUCCAAAGAGCUGCGAGCCAAAAGCCUGACAUCCAACACGGAGGAAGAUAACGCCGUCGAUGAUGACCUCGAUGAAUACAUGGCCCAUGCUUCAUUUACAGAGAUGAAAGAUGUGGCGGUGACUCAGCGUGAUGAUGGUUGUGUGUUCGAUGAUGCUAACGUCCUCAACUCAAACCAAGUGGACGAGGACCACCACGAGAUGUCCGGAUACGUUCAAGAUAACUUUGAGUUCCUGGACCAAAUGGACUGCAACAUGGAUCACAUGGACUGCAGUGUGUCCUACCAGGUGAACGAGUUCUCCGUGGAGCCUCCCGGUCACUCGGACGAUGAGUAUGAAGUCAUGGAUCCUUCAGAGCUCCAGACAGAGUUAACACCAACGAGGCCGCUCAGCAUCGACUCGUACACCCGACACACUAAAUCCCUCAGCCUGCCCUACCUGACCUCACCCAUCCUGAGGCUGGAGGACUCCGGCUCUGAAGAGGACGCAGCAGCGUGCGACAGCGAUGAUUACAGCAGUGAGGAAGACGAGAGCAUGUUCGUAAAGAGCCUCCCCGCUGAAUUCUUUUUAAACGAUUUGACCUUUGAAAGAAACACUGAUAAUCAGGAAGCUGGUGAUGGAGAUCCUGAACACCAAUCACAGAGCUGUGCUGACAGAGGAUCCCAGUCUCUGUGCUUUGGGUUUCCUGCAUGUGAAGAAUCAGCUGCUGUGGGUCUGGAGCAGGAAGAAGGGAAAGAUGAAGGAGAUAAAGAUGGACCGGAAGAAAAGGAGAUGACAGAGAAGCAAGAGGAAGAUCAUCAGGGAAGAGACCAUCUGGAAAACAACGGGCAAAGCAAAGCCACAGAGGAAGAAGUCAUGGAGGAUUCUCAGAGUGACGAAGAAGAAACUCUCACUCCAGAAGCAUUUUCUCACUGCUGCUACGACUUUCCACCGCCCAUCGAUGAGGACUUUAUGGAGGAGGCGGACAUGUUGGACAAUCAUCACAGCGAUUCUCCACCUAGUCAUGAAGUGGUUAAUGCCACACAGGAAGAAGCUGGUGAAGCUUGUUUAGAGGAGAUCAGAGACUUUUCACUAACAGAUCCACCAACGAAGGAGAGAGACAGUGAUGAGGGAGAGGAACGAGAGGUAUUCAAAGAAAUAGAGAGUGAAGGUGAAGAUAUAGUAAUGGAAAUAAAAGAAAGUGAUCAGAACAUCGUGGCAGGAACCCCUGAGAAAGGCAAUGAAGUUGAGGAAAUACUUGAAGAGAAGCCGCAGGGAGGUGACACAGAGCAAGAAAGUGAUGUCUGUAGGACAAGCAGCAAAAUAUGGGCUGAACUUGAGGAUGUUAUAUGUGAAGGGAUAGAGGAUGAGGAGAGUACACAGGUGGAGGAGAAGGAUGACAGAGAGAGUGUUUCUGGGGAAGGGGAUGUGACUGAAGAUGUUGAAGAAGAGGAAGAGGAAAUGGUGGAAGUUGAGGAAGUAGAGACAAACAAGACAGAAGUCAGAGUAGAGGAAGUUGAGGAAUCAAUGGAGACGAUUGAAGAAAAACUCCCAGACACAGAAGUGCAGCAAAAGAUGGAGGAAGAAGAGACAAACGUACCGAAGACAAGUGAACCAGAAGAAGGGAUUCAAGGGAAGCACGCCAUCACUGCCGAAGAUCAGCAUCACGACGGGGAAGAAGUCACUUCGAAAGAGAACAAUGACAAAGCUGAUGAGCAACGUCAAGUGCAACUAUGCAUAGAUAAACAUCUAAAAGCGCUUAAGUGUGAUGUAGAGGCGAGUCGAGAGGCCAGAAAGGGUGAGGAAGGGGACAGCAGCUUAGGAGGAGUCGGAAGGAAGAUUGUCAUCUCUAAAAAUCCGAAGGUUUACCAAGUGAAAGCGUUGCCGGUGGUGCCUCCGAAGCCUCAGCACUGCAGGUUCACUGCGCUGAACAUCCGGCAGCAGCAGCAGCAGCAGCAGAGAGAGAAAAUAGACGCCGACAGAGAGAGAGAAAACGCAUCCAGAGUCGCAUCAGAGCAGGACGGUGCAGGAGACGGAGAGGAAGAGAAAAGAGAGAAGACAACACAAGAGAGGGAGAAGAGGAUGGAAGGGGAUGAAAGUAGGAACAGUCCUCUCAGCAUGUGUUUCGAUGAGGCUGUUGCUAUUGCGACCAUAAGGCGAGGAAAAGAGAAAGAGUGCGAGAAGGAGAGGCAGAAGGAUUGGGGAAAUGAGGUCCAGUAAAGUGUCUGUCUCUUUUGUGUUUCCACUGUACAAACUAUUUUUCUACGUGUAGCAUAUAUGGCUGUAUUAUUUUGAGUGGAGGUAUUGCCACAGAUGCAAUGCUACUUAAGGGUGUUUUUGUGUUUUUUCUACCACACACUUGAUAGGCAGGCAGGAACUUGUAGGUUUUUAGAAAUAUAUACAGGAUAUUUUUCAGAGGAGGAUUUUCAGGGAGUUAAAGGGGACCUAUCAUGCAAAAUGCACUUUGUGAUGUCUUUUAUAAAUGUGUCCCCGGUGCGUCGGGGAACUCACGCAGCGUCAGAAAAUAAAACCCUCUCUCUUUUCCUCCGUACCCAAACCUUUGAAAAACGGGGUACAACGAGCGGAUACAGAUUUUCUGCCGAUAUGAUGUCAAAUCGGCGGCGGACCCACAGAAAAUUGCUAUCAGAAACAAUGCCUGAUGUGUUUUUGGAUGUAAUCUCGUCUUUGUUUACAUUAGCAAGCCUCGCUAACACUCAGAGCUAACCUGUACUGUAGAGUACAUGUGUUUAAAAAGCAGGAAAUAAAAAAAGGAACUCACCUUGUGAUAAACCCGCAAGAGAAAAAGCAUUUGAGCUCCAUACUAUUUCAGAAAUAAUCUUUGAUGUGGCUUAGACAGGAUGGCGUUUUAUCACAACAGAAUUUAACUUUAUCUCCGGUAGAAUUCUGAUCAGGCAUUAGCUCCGCCUCCUUUUUUUUUCUUCUUCAAGCUAAGGACCCAAAAUCUGCGUUUCUCUAACAGGGCUGCAAAAGAGGGGUAUGAGCAGUAUGAGGCAUGGCUACAAUGGGUGAUCUGUUUGGUAUUUUAAGCAAACAACUUCACAGACAUGUUUUGUAUAGGUAUGGCCCUACAAUAUAUGUUUCCAAUAUAGCGUGAUAGGUCCACUUUAAGAAAUGGGGAUGAUAUGCAACAAAGGUAAUUACAUUGUCAAAAGCAAACACAGAGAUUAAAUUAAAAUUGUGCUGCUGAAACACGUUAACAUAUUACAUGCACAACAUUGCAGCUUAUCUAGUUAAAAUGUAGAAGUAGAAAAGACAGAGAAUAAAUAAAGCUCACUCUUUGUUUGCAGUUGUCGUCCAAUUAUACAUUGUAUAGAGUAAAUGAACGGUUUGCAAGUAUAUGGUUAAAUUGUACAUUUGGAAGAGUGAAUGUAUAAUUCGUGAAAGUUAUAAUGUCUGCUAAAUACAUUGUUAGGGAUUAUGUGAAUAAAGAUAAUAGUUUCUAA